ACCCACCCUAACAUGACACCCACUUUGCCACGAUGAAACUCGUGGUUACCCGAAAAGUCCGUUAUCAUGGCAACGGAAGUGUGCGGUACCGUUUUGUUUGCAUCGUCAUUUUUCUCGAAUCGUAGCAGGCGUCUUCUAUACAAGAACAAUCUUUUCUUCAAACGCGUGUUUGCGUGCAUACUUUCGGGACCACGUUUCUUUUCUGCGGCAGUCGUCGAAAUUUUCCAAAACCCCCUGGCCAUGAUCAAGGAACUGUACCAACCGGUGGAACCGCAAUCCCGCCGCCCCAGCUAUGUGUCCUCGUUAUCCUCAUCAUCGUCCACGAUGACGACGGCCACUUCUGACCGUGACCGGCCUCGAACACGCCAACCAAAGGCCGUCGUUUUGUCGGCGGAAAAAUGGAACCAGCUGCUGGCAACGGCCAGCGGAACAUCGCCCAUCCGACCGCAAACGGCCGCCAUCGUCGUCGCGGAGGAUGGCAAAACCCUGGCUCAGCGUGAGGCGGAGUACAAGCAGUACCUGAAGACGGAGUCGCAAGCCAUGACCAAGAAGUGGGAGAACACGGUGCAGAACAUUCGCGAGAAGAAGGAAGCCGAACAGCUGCAGAAGCAGCGCGAGAAGGUGGAGGAAGAUGAGAAGCACUACCGCGAGCUGAAAGCAGCCGAUGAGAUCAAGCGCAGGGAACUAAUCCAGAAGGCCGAGGAAAUGAUCCAGAAGGAAAAGGAAGGGCCUCGUGUUCUGGAGAGCGCUGCCAAAUUCUGUGAGGUUCUGAAAGCUCGUGAGUAUCAGCGUCAAUUCCGUGCCGAACAGGAAGCUCUGCAUGAUGCACGCCGACAACAACUGGAUCGUCAAGAUAUUGCCCAAGCAAAUCGAUGGGUAAAAUCUCAAGCGGAGCGUCACCUGGAUGACAGGAAACGGUUUGACCAGUACAAGAAAGAACUGAAGGAGAAGAUUGAACACGAUCGCAAGGAAAUGAAGCAAAUGCAAGACUUCAUGGUACAGCAAGAACUGAAACAGCAUCAAGCGCUGACGGAUGAAAUUCGUCGGGAUAUGGAUCAUGAGCAGAAAAUGCUAGAGUGUAAGAAGGAGAUGAGACGGCGGCAUGCUUUGGAGGCCAUGAAGAUGGCACAUGAACGCGAAGAACGUUUGAAGCGUGAAGCGACCAUCGAGGAAACCGUAAAUCAGAUUUACAAUGACGGCCAAAGGGCUAUUGCAGAGAAACGAAAGGAGAUUCACGUGAAAAAGCACAAGUUUCGUGACAAUACUCAUCUGCUUCAGGAUUCAGUUGAACGACAGAAGCAACUGUUAGAAGAAGAGGAACGCAACCGCGAAAAGGCAAUACAGGAUAAGAAUUUGAAAGCUGAUGAGAUAGAACGGGAAGAGAUGGAGAAGAGAAAACAGAUAAAAGCAGCACGUAUCAAGGCACAUCUGGAAGAAAUGGAAUGGCAGAAGAAGAAGGAACAAGAGAAGGCAUAUUUAGAGCGGAAAGAGAUGGCCGAUCGUUUGAAGAACGUAGACGUGACUUUUGGAUUCGAUCGUCGUAAGGUCACUGACAAAACGUACAAAACGCACGCUCAGCGGAAGCUGUUGUUGGAUCAGGCCGAUGAAAUAGAAGCUCGAGAAAAGCAGGAAGCAGAUACACGUGCCGAGCUGGAGUACAUGCGAAACAGUGCGGAAAAGGAGAAUAAUCAUUUCCUGAAAUACGCCGACGAGCUUAUCACCGAUGCCAAGACCAAGAAUAGGCCAGUUUUACCAUUGCUGAAAACGGUUGAGAAUUACAAACGCGAGCACUAUUUUGAUUUCAAGGCAAAAGAUUUCGUUCCAAGGCAUUUGGUUUCGCGAGUUCCCAUCAAUAACAAAUUGGCCGAACAACAGGCACAGUGCAUUCCGGAUCCGGCCAUCAUCGAGAUGACUCCAUCCAUGCCGCCAAUUCGCAUCCGGUAUGACCCCGAGCAGUUGAAGACUAUGAAUCCGUACAAAAAUGGCCGUCGGUCGUAGGAGUUUCAAUUUUGUUAGAGGAUAAGGCAUCUUCAAAACCUAGGCAUGAACUUGUAACACACACUUCCACCGUGGUAUCUUAUGAAUUAACAAUAUAAUCGUAACUGUUGAAGUCUGAAUUUUCGAGGCACAAGUGUAUUUAAAUUUUCAUAGAAAAUAAAUUCGCAUAUCUAGUAGCAUAAA